GUAGAUUGCUUUCCUAAAAUGAAAGAGAUGAAAGAGCGAAUGGAAAGGCUUGUUGUUCUUCCUUUCUCCACCGGUUGUUCUUCUCAGGCAAGUGUUGCAGUUGGCAAAAGUCCACCGAGGAAACCAAAACCAGAACCAACUGGUCAAGAUCCAACAAGUAUACAUGUAGUGGGAGAAGAUUGUUCAUCCAAGGGAAGAACAAAGAACUCAUUUGGUUGGUUGAGUCUUUCAAAACCCAACAUUUCCAGUGGGAUACACAGAUUGGUCAGGAUUACUGUAAAAAGUUUCUCUCAGUUAUUUGUUUACAAAGAGAUAGAAGAAGUGACAGCGGAGAUGGAAAUCGGGUAUCCGACAGAUGUGAAACAUGUUACACACAUAGGAUUGGAUGGCACGACCACCACUACAACCACCACAAGCAGCAAUCCGUUUAAGGAUUGGCAAGAUUUCAGCCCCAUGGACCGUAAUUUUAUUGCUUUCCCUUCUAUUUCGUUGAGGCAGUUCGAGCUGGCCAUGGCUGCCCAAACUCACACUGGACCACUCAUUCAUUAAAGAAUAUUUUUGGUCAUGACUUUUUCUUUUUGUUAUUUGUAUGGAAUUGAAUCAUGCUAAAUAUCAGAA